AUUAGUGGAUGAAAUCAAUCACCAGAUAGGCCUGCACCUUAUUCUAAUAUUAUGUACUUCAUUUUACAUCACUUUCACUUUUCAUGGACAAAGGAAGGUGAAUGUGGCAUUGUCGGCACUGAAUCCAAAGAAUGGGACCCUCCAUGCCGUGAUGUUUGUACAUAAGAGUGGAGUUUCUCCAUGGAAAGACAGCAAAUAUGUGCGAAUUGUGGCUCGCCUGACCUCUCAGAUGUUACCAAUUCCUCCUAUGGUCAUCACUGACUCUCCCAAACAGACUCAGAAGGGAAAAGAAGAGCAAAAUGUCAUGUCUUACUGGAAAUCCCGCAUCACUCUAAACAUGAUGACCGAGGACUUCACGUUUAAUACUGCAGCUGUGCCCAGCGACCUACGCAGAUACAUGAAAAUAGUUGAAGAUGGAAAGAAGGACAAAAAGAAAAUAUAUCUUCCCCUUUUACUUGUUGAUGAAAUGAGGAGCAGACUAAAAGAUUUAAUCGAGAUAAACAGCACCACAAAAGCAGUCCCGCUCACUGUAUCAUAUGAUACGAUAACACUUCGCAAAUUUAGAAUGUGGAUCCAUAUCCAAGCUGUCAUAUACUCACUCAAACAUUUCGGAUUUUCAGAGCAAAGACUUGAUGAAAUUAAAGCCAUGUUUGUUGAGACUGGACUUCACAUUUUGGUUUUGUCAAUCCUGGUACCUGCAUUCCAUCUCUCGUUUGAAGUAUUUGCUAUGAAAAAUGAUGUGAGCUUUUGGAGAGGGAAAAAGAGUUUAGCAGGCAUCUCCAGGCGAUCAGUGUUCUGGAGGUGUUUCAGCACUGUUGUGAUAUUCCUCCAUCAGCUAGAAGAGCAAGCCAGCUGGCUCACCCUUAUCCCUAUGGGUUUUUUAGCAUUAAUUGAGCUAUGGAAAGUCAGCAGAGUCUUUGCAAUUUGGCCCAGUUUUAAAGAUGAUAGAGCAGAUGACAUGGAGCGAGCAACAGAAGAACAUGAUUCCAGGGCAAUGAAAUUCUUGUCAUAUUUAAUGCAUCCUCUAUGCAUCAGUGGGGCUGUGUACUCUUUCAUAUAUCUCAGAAAUAAAAGUACUUGGUACUUUUGGAUCAUCAACAGUCUUGUCAGUGGGGUUUAUGCAGUUGGAUUUCUGUCUAUGGUUCCUCAAUUAUUUGUCAAUUACAAGAUUAAAUCAGUUGCCCAGCUCCCAAUGUCAGUGUUACUCUACAAAGGUUUAAACACAUUUAUAAGCGAUAUAUUUAGUGGAGUUAUAACCACUCCUGGACCACAUCCAUUGGCUUGUUUUAGAGAUGAUGUGAUCUUUCUCAUCUACCUCUACCAGCGCAGGAUUUACCGUGUGAACAAAUGUAGAGGUCGCGAUUAUGCAUCACACAGGAAGAAACCUAAAGGGAAAUCACACGAGGACUGAUCAG